AUGUAUAUAAAGAUGGCCACGUUAGCUAACGGACAAGCAGACAAUUGCAGCCUGAACAGCAAUCACAGCAACCCAAACACCAACGGGCACAUGAACGGAUUAAACCACAGUCCCGGGAGCACUUCCACCAUCCCUAUGAAGGAUCAUGAUGCCAUCAAGCUCUUCAUUGGGCAGAUCCCCCGCAAUCUGGACGAGAAGGACCUGAAGCCUCUGUUUGAGGAGUUCGGCAAGAUCUACGAGCUGACAGUGCUGAAGGACAGGUUCACUGGAAUGCACAAAGGCUGCGCCUUUCUUACAUACUGUGAAAGAGAAUCUGCCCUGAAAGCUCAGAGUGCGCUUCAUGAACAGAAGACCUUGCCAGGGAUGAACCGACCAAUCCAGGUGAAGCCAGCUGACAGUGAAAGCAGAGGAGAAGACAGAAAACUCUUUGUGGGUAUGCUGAAUAAGCAGCAGUCAGAAGAUGAUGUCCGCCGACUAUUUGAAGCCUUUGGGAACAUUGAAGAAUGUACAAUCCUUCGAGGACCAGAUGGAAACAGCAAAGGAUGUGCAUUUGUGAAAUAUUCAUCACAUGCGGAAGCACAGGCAGCCAUUAAUGCCCUUCAUGGAAGCCAGACAAUGCCGGGGGCGUCCUCGAGUCUGGUGGUGAAGUUUGCAGAUACAGAUAAGGAACGCACAAUGAGACGCAUGCAGCAAAUGGCUGGACAGAUGGGAAUGUUCAACCCCAUGGCUAUCCAGUUCGGAGCUUACGGCGCCUACGCUCAAGCACUGAUGCAGCAGCAGGCCGCCAUUAUGGCUUCCGUAGCACAGGGUGGAUACCUGAACCCGAUGGCCGCCUUUGCAGCAGCCCAGAUGCAACAGAUGGCUGCUCUGAACAUGAACGGCCUGGCAGCUGCUCCGAUGACACCAACAUCAGGUGGCAGCACACCGCCAGGAAUCACCGCACCAGCUGUGCCUAGCAUCCCAUCACCAAUCGGGGUUAAUGGAUUCACCGGCCUCCCACCCCAGGCUAAUGGACAGCCUUCCGCGGAAGCCGUAUUCGCCAAUGGAAUCCAUCCCUACCCAGCACAGAGCCCCACUGCGGCAGAUCCAUUGCAGCAAGCCUAUGCCGGAGUGCAGCAGUACGCAGGUCCAGCUGCUUAUCCUGCUGCCUACGGACAGAUCAGUCAAGCUUUUCCACAGCCACCUCCAAUGAUCCCACAGCAACAGAGAGAAGGACCCGAGGGCUGCAACCUGUUUAUCUACCAUCUGCCCCAGGAAUUUGGGGACACCGAGCUGAUGCAGAUGUUCCUGCCUUUCGGUAAUGUCAUCUCCUCGAAAGUGUUUGUGGAUCGGGCGACAAACCAAAGUAAAUGCUUUGGUUUUGUGAGUUUUGACAAUCCUGCCAGUGCCCAGGCUGCCAUACAGGCUAUGAAUGGCUUUCAGAUUGGCAUGAAGAGGCUUAAAGUGCAACUGAAGAGGCCGAAAGAUGCCAAUCGCCCUUACUGAGACUUUUCAGGAGCUGCGGGAAACAAGGACUAGCACAGGGCAGGAAUUGAAUGGGCCGUAUUAUAACAAUACAACAAACGUCUAUAAAUAUAUAUGAUUGAGAAGCGCUGGAUCACAACUUUGACAUAUCAGCAAAGUACCAAUCAUGCUGAAGACAACAGACUUUUCUUCUUUGAUUGUUUAGACUGUAAUAUUUCUUCAAUGAAAGUAUUGCGUUCUGCUUACGUGGACGGGAACUUAAGUUGGAAACAUCAAACAGGAUCAAGAUUAAUCGGAAUUUCCGAAUAGACAAUGACAAUAUGACACAAAAAAAAAAAAAAAACAACAGGCUUUUUCUUCUAACAGGAAACCUGAAAUCUGACAAGGAGUGCCUGUUUUUCACCACGAGUUAUGUUGCCAUGGUAUCCCCAUAGCAACUGUUACAAGAAGCAUCCGUAUCCGUCAUUCCUUAGCUAUUUAGGGACCAAAGGACCAAACUUUUUAUCGCAGACUUGUAGCUGUAUGUAAAAUAUGGAGUUAACUUCCUACUUCUCGGCUGUUCUUAAAACAGUAUGAGAGCAAUUAUAUGAAAUAUGUACAAAAAUGCUU